GGUAAAUCAGGGAUCUGUGUGAAGUCAGUCUUCUUCUCUGUCUCAGUGCUGCUCAGGCCAUCUCUCUCUCUAGACUACUACUCCUGCUUUUUGGAUUGGAUUGUUCUAGGACUGAGUGUUUGGGAAAGAGCCUGUAUUUGGAUAGGGCCGGGGCAGGGUGUCUUGGACUGGGAGUGUGUACUAACUAGUAUUUGGACUACAGAGUCGUGUCCUAUGGAGGUUCAGGUCCAGAGUCGGCCACUGCCCCCCACCAUCCCGGAGAAUGGGGAGGCCCAGGACCAUGAACCACACCCUGUGGAGUUCAACGGUCAUCGUUAUGCCAACGGUGGGGAGGCAGAGCUGCCCGUCUCCAAGUCUCAGAGGAGACGCAGCAAUGUCAAAGUCUAUAAGGAGUUCUGUGACUUCUACGCACGCUUCAACAUGGCUAAUGCCCUGGCCAAUGCGAUGUGUGAGCGCUGUAAAAGUGGCUUUGCCCCAGCGGAGAAGAUCGUCAACAGUAACGGGGAGCUGUACCAUGAGGGGUGCUUCGUUUGUGCUCAGUGCUUCCAACAGUUCCCUGAGGGUCUCUUCUACGAGUUUGAGGGCAGGAAGUACUGCGAGCAUGACUUCCAGAUGCUGUUUGCUCCCUGCUGCCACCAGUGUGGGGAGUUUAUCAUUGGUCGUGUGAUCAAGGCGAUGAACAACAGCUGGCACCCUGACUGUUUCUGCUGUGACCUCUGCCAGGCUGUGCUUGCUGACGUGGGCUUCGUCAAGAACGCCGGCAGACACCUGUGUCGCCCGUGUCAUAACCGUGAGAAAGCCCGUGGUCUGGGGAAGUACAUCUGUCAGAAGUGCCACGCCAUCAUCGAGGAGCAGCCGCUGCUGUUCAAGAACGACCCCUACCACCCCGACCACUUCAACUGCAACAACUGCGGCAAGGAGCUGACGGCUGAUGCCAGGGAGCUGAAGGGAGAGCUGUACUGCCUGCCCUGCCAUGACAAGAUGGGCGUUCCCAUAUGUGGCGCCUGCAGGAGACCCAUCGAGGGCCGCGUGGUCAAUGCCAUGGGCAAGCAGUGGCACGUCGAGCAUUUUGUGUGUGCUAAGUGUGAGAAGCCCUUCCUGGGCCAUCGCCACUACGAACGCAAAGGACUGGCCUACUGUGAGACUCACUACAACCAGCUCUUUGGAGAUGUCUGCUACCACUGCAACCGUGUCAUUGAGGGUGAUGUGGUUUCAGCCCUGAACAAGGCAUGGUGUGUCAACUGCUUCGCCUGUUCCACCUGCAACACCAAGCUCACCCUCAAGAACAAGUUUGUGGAGUUUGACAUGAAGCCGGUGUGCAAGAAGUGUUACGAGAAGUUUCCUCUGGAGCUCAAGAAGAGGCUCAAGAAGCUGGCAGAGACCGUGGGCCGGAAGUAGACAGACAGACAUGCUAGAACGGACAAAAGUGAUAUCAGAAUGUUUGCGCAAGCACAUGACCUUUGUUCUUGGUGUAAGCUUGGGGAUUAAAACCACUCUACCCAACCCCUCAUAUGUUGAUGAAAAUCAGAUUUGCAGUAUCCGUCCGUUAAAUAGUGAUAACCCAUGAGCAGAGAGACAGACUGUACACAAGAAAGGGUCAUCCCCAAAUCAGUGCCUUUGUCUGAAUACAUAUUCAUAUAUAUCCUUGAUAUGCUUAUCUCAUAGAUUUCAUUAUUUUUUAGCUUAAAAUUUCACUUCAUAACCCAACCUGUAUAUUUAAGAAUGCAUCAAUGGUCCUGGUAUUUCGUCAGGUGAAUAAAGAGUAUUGAGAAGGUUGUUACUGCCAGUUUGCUGGUCUGUUAGCCAACUACUUUAUCGUUGUCGUGCCAUACAAGUAGAAACAGACAGACACCUGGGCUAUGUUACUGAUGCUACUCACAAUCACAUUACUGUGCAGCAGAACUGUGUCUCAUAUACACUACCGGUCAAAUGUUUAGACACACAUACUCAUUCAAGGGUUUUUCUUUAUU